AUGAAGGACAACUUUCUUGUCGCAAUUUUGCUGGUGGUUGGGUUGCUUACCCCGGUGUUUGGGUGGCUGUUCUACCGUUGGACCAAAUCACAUUUAACCGACCAACACCAGGAGGGUCAAAUGUUUCGCAGGCGAUCCCGAGACCGCAGACAAGCUAUUUGGCGUCACGAAAACGGCAAUGGAGAUUCUGCCAUGGUGGGACCCCAUUUCACGGAACGCGGAUGGAUUCGUCCAAAGCCCUACGGGGAGACCCGGGUUUUGCCUUUGUCCCAUCCUCGAACAAGUCCUCCCCCACAGAAUCAGCAGGGAAAUCCACUAUCCAAACGACAGCAAAAGAAACAACGCGCAGAGCAACGCCGAAAGGAACAACAGCAACAAGGUAAUAACCAUCAACUAGACAGUCCGCAAUCGAGCUCUCAACCCCAGCAAAACCACCAGAAGAGCCAGAACAUCCAGAAGAACCAGACCAACCAGAAAAACCAAAACCACAAGAAACAGAAAAAGCAGAAGAACAAACAAAUCAAGAAUCAGAAUCAUGAUCCCCAAAGAUCUAAGUGGGAAUCAACCCAAGCUAAUCAAAACGAAGACCAAUGGGAAACCCCCAAAUCACAGAUCGGUCAAAACAACAGCCAAGCCGAUGGGGUAAGCUUUGAAAACCUAGCAGGUUUCUUCGAUGAAGAGAAUGAUCAACACAAAGACAACACGGCCAAUGCAGGAAGCAAACGCAACAGCGGAUGGGGCAGUGAUAAGAACAAAGGAUGGGACAACGAGAAUAACAAAGGAUGGGACAAUGACAACAACAACAACGCAUGGGACAAUGUCAACAACAACAACGCAUGGGACAAUGUCAACAACAACGUAUGGGACAAUGACACCAACAACGCAUGGGGAAAUGACAACAACGGCAAUGAAUGGGAGAAUGACAACCACCACAAGAGCAACCGGAGAAACCAGGACAGGAAGAAUAAUAGCCAGCACAGAUCCCCACGAAAAGGGUCACGGAAUAGAUCCAACAGCGGGGUCCGUGACCGCAAUAAUUCUCAUCAGAACAGCUCCUCCCGAAAUAACGACCACAGAGAACGUUCAGGAAGCACGCAUGGUACACAGAGGAACCGUCAUGAUCAGCAAAAUAAUCGGUCAGGCCGGAAUGGUAGUCACCAGGCGUCUCCCGAUGGAAGGUCGAGGGGGCCCAGAUCUUCACCAAACCGUGAUCAUGUUAACGUUGAGGAAGAAUGGGGUACUGCACCACAGGAAUAUGGUGAAUGGGGGGAUGUGCCAGCAAAAGGAGAAGUGGAGUGGUAA